AUGUAUAUAGCGAGCUGUUCACCUUUCAAAUUAUGAAUGCUAAUUGGUCAUUCACAAUCGGCGUUGUAUUGAAUUCCAAUCUGGUCUGGUUUACAACACGACACUGGAUUUACAGGUCCCAUGCUUGGAAGCAGACUCAUGCUACACUUGCCUCAAAGGUCUUCUUCUGGAGCCUGUACCACUUGCCGACUUCUCACUUUCAUCCAAGACUAGCACCUUUCAGAGCAAGAUCUCUUCGAAGUACAUGGCUAUCUUGAUGAAGUCACAAUUAAGACUUAACGAUUGGGACGUAGCUUCGUUGCUGAAUAAACUUUCCUAGUAAUUGAGUUUCUUUGAAAGAACCAGGGUUCUUGUCGUACGGUUCACU